ACAAAUCUGACUGUGGUCACAGAGUUCCUCCUCUUAGGAUUUCAAGGCAGCCAAUUUUUGAGAAAUCUUCUAUUUCUUCUGUUCCUUGUGGUUUUUGUUGCCACAAUAUGUGGGAACCUCCUGAUCAUCAUCCUGGUGUCCACCACCAAGAACCUCCACACCCCAAUGUAUUUCUUCAUCUCACAACUGUCCAUCAGUGACAUCUUAUUAUCGACAAAUAUUGUCCCCAACCUGCUCCACAUCCUACUGAAUAAUGGAGGAACCGUCAGUUUUAUUGGUUGUAUGACUCAAUUUUAUUUUUUUGAUUGCACUGAAGGAUUAGAGUGUUUUCUUCUCGCUGUGAUGUCUUAUGACAGAUAUGUGGCCAUCUGUAAUCCCCUCCGUUACUCCUCCAUCAUGACGAAUAGAUUUUGUGUUACAUCAAUCAUUAUUAGUUGGUUGAUGGGUAAUGUUAUUUCAUUAAUUGCUACCAUAACUUCAUCAAAAUUAAACUUUUGUGGGUUAAAUAUCAUCGACCAUAUAUUCUGUGACCUUGUCCCCUUACUAGACCUGUCCUGUUCUGACACCUUCUUUUUUCACUUGGAGAUUUUUGUUUUGGGAGCUCCAACUGUAAUGGUCCCAACCGCAAUCAUUGUAGUGUCUUAUACUUACAUUGUGAUAUCAGUCUUAAGGAUCCCAUCCAGUACUGGUAGACAGAAAGCCUUCUCCACCUGUAGCUCCCUCCUCAUUGUGGUCUCCAUUUUUUACUGGACUUUAUUUAGUGUUUAUGUUUUCCCUAAGAGAGAACAAACUUGGGUCAGUAGUAAAAUCCUCUCUCUGCUGUAUACUGUAUUUACUCCAUUUAUUAACCCCAUUAUAUACAGUCUGAGGAAUAAAGACAUUAAGAAAGCCGUACAGCAAACAUUACAUAAACACAUAUCCCGUAAUAAACAUUAA